AUGACAACCAAAACAAACAAGCCAUUACCGCAUGAAAGGCGGAAAGGAGAAGCCGCUCUAAGCGACUUUGCUGAGUAUGUCGAAAAGCAACAGGCUCUGCGCUAUCCAGGUUCGAAACACACAGCCAAGGCGGCUGCUAAAAACAUGCAAACCGGUUUUGACCAUCACGAGGAAUUGGACGACAUCCUUAACAGUCUUGACCUUUCAGACCCAGUUCCGCGGGUCAGGUUACGAGAGCUGUUACUCACCCCUGACAAUGUUACUCUUCAGAAGCUCUCGGAGAUUAUAAAGGAGCGUAUCGAGGAAGGACAUGGCGAAACUGUCUUUGAAAUUGGAUUCGAGAAUAACGGCGAAAGCAUGAAAUUAACGCGGGACGAGUUUGAUGUGGCAUACAAACGACUGGUCGAAGCUGCCAAAAAGGUUCGGGCUGAUACCCAGCUUUUGUUAACCAAGAAUGUGGGCGGUAAGCUGGAUGGUGUACCGACGAAGGACGGUGACUGCAGUGGAAAAGUUUUGAUACGGAGAGUUCCAGCGAAGGUCGAGGAGGUGAUUGAAACAAGAAUAGCUGUAGUGGGCAAUGUCGAUGCUGGCAAGAGUUCCAUGCUUGGUGUUCUCGUCAAGGGAGAUCUCGACGAUGGGAGGGGAAAGGCGCGGCUAAACCUCUUCAGGCACAAGCACGAAAUUGAGACUGGGCGCACGUCUUCGGUCGGCAUGGAAAUUAUGGGCUUUGACACCACUGGCCAGGUUAUCGUGUCUGACACACCAGGCCGUAAGCUGUCGUGGGAGGAAAUCGGGAAGCGCAGUGCCAAAGUGAUCACUUUUACUGACUUGGCCGGGCACGAACGCUACCUUCGCACCACGGUGUUUGGCAUGUUGUCCAGCAGUCCGAACUACUGUUUGUUAAUGGUGGCAGCCAAUAACGGUCUAAUCGGCAUGAGCAAGGAACAUUUGGGGAUCGCCCUCGCUUUAAACGUGCCAGUGAUGGUGGUCAUCACCAAGAUUGAUAUCUGCCCUCCGCAGAUUCUGGAGCAAACCAUCACGCAAAUCACACGCAUCUUGAAGAGUCCCGGCGCCAGAAAAAUCCCUGUUUUCAUCAAGAAUCACGAGGAUUGCAUUAAUACAGCAACGCAAUUUGUUAGUCAACGGAUAUGCCCUAUCUUCCAGGUGUCAAAUGUCACCGGGGAGAACCUGGAUCUAGUUCGCACAUUCUUUAACAUCCUUCCGCACCACGGACGCUACGAUACCGAUGCUCCGUUUGAGUUUCACGUCAACGAUACUUUCAGUGUCCCUCAUGUGGGCACGGUGGUCAGUGGUAUCGUCAAGUCCGGUGUAAUCCAUGCAGGUGAUGAGGUUCAGAUUGGACCAGAUUCCCUAGGUCGUUUCAUCCAAACCUCGAUCCGUUCCAUUGAGAGGAAGAGAAUAGGGGUUCCUGCUGCGUCUGCCGGCCAGUCUGCUUCAUUUGCCCUGAGGAGAGUCCGAAGGAAGGAUGUUCGCAAAGGGAUGGUGGUCUUGCCCAAGUCGGACGGACCCCCACCCAAGGUGUACCGGGAAUUUGUUGCUGAAGGUAGUAUCUUGCCAUGUAUCCUGUUCGACAUAAGACGAGCAUACUGA